GGUCGAGUUCCUUCUCGCCACGGAAACCUGCCGCAAUCGAGAGAGAGCUCUAGGCGUCCAUGGCACCGGCGAAGAGUGUCGACUUCCCCGCUGGCGCCGACGACGGCUGUUCGGCACCGGGCCCAAAUGAGGGUGGCGAGGGCCACCGCGACGACGUCGAGGCUGGUGGCACGGCGAUCGCACCGGCACCGGCGACGACGAUGCUGAGGCCGAGGUGUCAGCGGGGGCGCCUGGCCUCGCUCGACGUCUUCAGAGGCAUCACCGUCGUGCUUAUGGUCGUUGUGGAUGAUGUUGGUGGCCUUGUUCCUGCCAUCAGGCACUCACCUUGGGACGGCGUGACUCUUGCAGAUUUUGUGUUCCCUUUCUUCCUCUUCAUCGUUGGAGUCUCAUUGGCCUUUGCAUACAAGAGAGUGCCUGACAGAGCGCUGGCAACCAAGAAGGCUGUGAUCCGGGCUUCAAAGCUCUUCCUUCUAGGCCUAGUACUGCAAGGUGGCUUCUUUCACAGCAUCCAUGAUCUUACUUAUGGAGUUGAUAUUCGCAAGAUACGGUUAAUGGGCAUACUUCAGAGAAUUGCAAUAGCGUACUUAACGGCAGCACUUUGCGAAAUAUGGCUAAGAGGUGGUGCAAGUGACAUUGGAGCCGGUGGCUAUACGUUGAUUAGAAGAUAUCAUCAUCAGCUGUUUGUGGGUUUGGUUCUCACGGUCACAUACACGGCACUUUUGUAUGGCAUGUAUGUGCCAGACUGGGAAUAUGCGGUCACAUCUCAAGACACCACUUUGAAGCACUUUAUGGUGAAAUGUGGAGUCCGGGGUGAUACAGGACCAGGAUGCAAUGCCAUGAGCAUGAUUGAUCGACAUGUCCUUGGAAUCCAACGUCUCUACACACGCCCCGUUUACCUCAGGACAGCGGUAUGCAAAAAAAAUGCAGUUGAUGAACAAUGCAGCAUCAACUCCCCACGAAAUGGGCCGCUUCCGUCAAACGCUCCCACAUGGUGUGAAGCUCCCUUUGAUCCUGAAGGCCUCCUCAGUUCCCUGAUGGCGAUUGUGACCUGCUUGACCGGCCUUCAAAUUGGGCAUGUCAUUGUGCACUUCAAGGAGCAUGGAGAGAGAAUAGUGCGGUGUUCAAUUCCAUCUCUAAGCUUGCUGAUUCUUGGAUUCUUGCUUGACUUGUUUGGCCUGCGCUUGAACAAGUCAUUGUAUAGUCUGAGCUACACCUGCGUCACCACGGGCACCGCGGGUCUCUUCUUCGUAGGAAUCUAUUUGCUGGUGGAUGUUUAUGGUUACAAGAAGCCUUUUUUCCCUAUGGAGUGGGUGGGAAAGCAUGCCCUCAUGAUUUUUGUUCUAGUGGCAUGCAACAUCGCCCCAAUCCUGCUACAUGGCUUCUAUUGGAGGGAACCACAGAACAACCUUUUGAAAUUUUUCGGAAUAGGAGGCUGAUCAUGACCACGUUCCUUCUUGUCGACUAUUAUGAUUUUAGGAUAACAAUAACACGUCAUACAACACUGGUUUUAGUUUCGAACAGCAGUCAGCCCUACACAGAUGCUAAGAUUAGAUGCUAAGAUUAGAAUGGGCCCAUACUAGUGGAAAUGUUAUAAUUGGCAAUAUGAACUAGUACGCAAUCGUGUUCAGUACUUCCUCCGUCCCAAAUUAUUAAUCAUUCUGUCUUUUCUAGAUAUAUUAAUUUUGUUAUAUGCAUCUAAA